GAAGAGGGGGUGGCCUGAGGAACGCAGCACUGGGAAAACUUUUGAGGAGCAGUGAGAGAGGAGAAGAGAUAGGGAGAGAGAGGGAGGCAUCACCACUGAGAGAAAUGGGAGACAAAGUGGAAGGAAAAUAAAAAAAGCCGUCAACAACUGAGGCCGCACUCCGCUCGGACGGACGGAGGGAUUUUCCUGACUGUUUGUGUCUUUUUCAUCAACCCCCGGCGGGACAGGCUUUUGGAAUGCCUGCCGAGAGACGCCGGGGACAGCGGCAGACGGAGUGAGGAGAGCCAUGCAAGACGUGGAUGAUGCCCUCUGCCGGGUCAGCUCACGCAAAAUGAGGGACUACCACGGGAGCGCUUCAUCGGGGCUCGGCCAGCUCGGAAAGGAUGCCAGCUGCUAGCACGAUGACUGGUGGGAGGGCGCUGCUGCUCUGUACAGACAGUGACAACAGUAUCUACCGAUCAGUCAACGGACUCCAGUGCUGCGGCUUGAAAAUUGGGGAGACUCCGUCGUCUGUGGUGCCCCGGCGCCAAGAGCUGUGCGGGCUACCAGGGGACAGACGCAAGAGGGACACCGCUGUGCCCGCCAUUCGUCCCAUCUCUCCACCAAUCAGCCCGCGGGACUCUCCCGAAUCCCACGGCAGCAUGCUGACUCACAGGAGAGCCGCCAGCGCCAGCGAACCAAGGACUCCAAACGUGGAGAACGGACAGUGCGGAAAGCUGAAUAAGGGCCAAGCAGGAGUCAAGGCGGAAAGUAUCCGCGAUAAAAUCUCCCAGUGGGAGGGCAAAAAGGAGAGCGGCCCAGCAAUUUCUAUGGACGCUUGUCCGCUCGGCACAACGCAGAAGGAAAUUGAGUCGGUCAGAAAAAAGGACUCGAAACCUCUGCAGGUCCAGCGGACGAACAGCAAGAGGUUUGUAAGCUGGGAGAGGCAAGACUCAGGAAAGGAAAAUGUCGGAAAACUCGGGGAUGUCAGGACUAAAUCUCCAGAAGGCCCAACGAACAAGGCCAAAGAAGUCAUUCUCGAACGAGGACUGCGGGCUACUAAGGCAACGGAGCAACCCCAAGACAAGAAAACUGUUUUAACUCACGUUAAGAAACUGGAAAAGGCCACCAAAGAAGUUCAGAGUGGAGCGUCACUGGCGUUUCCGGGGAAUUACUUCUGCCCACCGUCAAAAGAGGAGCUGGACGAAACCGAAAAGCGUGUUAACGAACCCAUUUUUGGGACUUUAGACGUGUCUCGGCCUGUUGGCUCCAGGUGGAGGAGAGAGGGGGAUCCAGAGAACGUAUACAGCGAGCCAGGCGCUCCGUCUAUUAACCCUUUGCCAAAACCUCAGAGAACCUUCCAGCACCACACGCCGCCUUCUACCCCAAUUUCAGGGCCUGGCUCCUGCAAGGGCAAGAGGACAUUGCCCCCUUUGCCCUCCAUUCCACCUCCGCCUCUACCCACCUGCCCGCCUCCCGGAGUUUGCAGGAGACCGUGGACGGACAGAUCCCACGACAGCAACAACAGGAAGUCUUACGAAUUUGAGGACCUGCUCCAGUCGUCCUCACAAAGCUGCAGAGUUGACUGGUACGCUCAGUCCCGCCUGGGCCUCACACGCACUUUAUCGGAGGAGAAUGUCUACGAGGACAUCAUUGACCCUCCCUCCAAGGAGAAUCACUACGAAGACAUCGAGCUGGAGAGAAGUUGCCUUGGGAGCAAAUGUGUAUCACCUGCCUCGUCUUCGCCCAUUCCUGAAACACCUGCUAAGCUGUGCUCCAAGCCUGGCUUCUUCAGACAGAACUCCGAGAGACGGAGUUUCAAACUCUUGGAGUUACGCAAGACCAACAGGGACGCCGGGGUGUCCACGCCGUCACGUGCCAGCCCGCCUUCCACGCCCAGCAGCCCGGAUGACACCCCUUGUCUCUCUGGGGACCCGUACAACCGGCGGCGGAGGAAAAUCCCCAAGAUGGUGAUGAAAAUCAAUGGUAUCUUUGAGGCUCGGAGAGGGAAAAAGCGCAUGAAGAAGGUCUCCACAGAGUCCAGCUCAGGGAGAGUGACCGAUGAGAACAGCGAGUCAGAAAGUGACACGGAGGAGAAACUGCAAGCUCAUAGCCAGAGGCUGGUGUCGGUCCAGUCCAUGCUGAGGCAGACGGGGCGGUACCGGACCUUGGACAGGGAUCUGAUGGAGGACAGAAAACUCUUUGAGUACUUCAUUGUGGUGGCCCUCCACAAAACCAAAGCCGGAGUUCCUUAUCUGCCGGAAGUCACGCAGCAGUUCCCUCUCAAACUUGAACGAAGCUUCAAGUUCAUGCGUGAGACAGAGGACCAGCUGAAGGUCAUCCCUCAGUUCUGCUUCCCCGAUGCCAAGGACUGGGCGCCUGUUGACAACUUCCCCAGCGAGACUUUUUCAUUUGUGCUGACUGGCGAGGAUGGAAGUCGUCGAUUUGGCUACUGCAGACGAUUACUGCCCAGCGGUAAAGGUCGGAGGCUCCCAGAGGUCUACUGCAUCGUCAGCCGGUUGGGCUGCUUUGACCUCUUUUCGAAGAUCUUGGACGAGGUGGAAAAGAGGAGAGCCAUCUCGCCUGCGCUGGUUCAGCCCUUCAUGAGAGGCAUCAUGGAGGCUCCUUUUCCUGCGCCGGGAAGGACCAUCAGUGUCAAAAACUUCCUCCCUGGCUCUGGGACAGAGGUGAUCGAGCUGUGUCGGCCGUCCGAUUCUCGUCUGGAACAUGUCGACUUUGAGUGUCUCUUCUCCUCGCUGAGUCUGCGCCUGCUCCUGCGAGUGUUCGCCUCCCUGCUUCUCGAGCGCCGUGUUAUCUUUACGGCAGACAAGCUCAGCACCUUAUCACAAUCUUGCCAUGCCGUGGUGGCUCUCCUCUACCCGUUCACGUGGCAGCACACUUAUAUUCCCGUGCUGCCGCCUUCCAUGUUGGAUAUCGUGUGCACUCCGACCCCUUUCAUCGUUGGGCUGCUCUCCAGCUCGCUGCCUCGACUGAAAGAGCUUCCUAUAGAGGAGGUGUUGGUGGUCGACCUCGGCAAUAGCCGCUUCCUACGACAGAUGGACGACGAGGACUCCAUUCUCCCCCAUAAGCUGCAGGCAGCUCUGGAACAUGUACUGGAGAAGAGGAGGGAGCUGGCCUCGGAUAAAGGCGACAGCGACUCCAGCUCCCUCAGCACCGCGGUGUCAGAGGCGUUUGUGCGCUUCUUCGUGGAAAUGGUCGGCCAUUAUUCGCUCUUCAUGGGCGGGUCAGAGCGCGAGGACGAGUCGUCCGUCUCGUCUCCCGCUUCGCCCGGUCCCUCUUCUUCCUCUUCCUGCGCCGCAUCCUUUCAGCGGGAGGCCUUUCGUAAGGCGGUCACCUCCAAAAGUUUGAGAAGAUUCCUGGAGGUGUUCAUGGAAACCCAGAUGUUUACAGGUUUCAUCCAGGAGAGGGAGCUGCGCAGACAGAGCCUCAGAGGCCUGUUUGAGGUGCGAGCGCAGGAAUAUCUUGACUCACUUCCUGGCAGUGAACAGCGAGGCGUCAACAAGUUCUUAAAAGGCUUAGGAAACAAGAUGAAAUUCCUCUCCAAGAAGUGACGUGAACAAACCUGAUGACAAAAGAAGGCGGGAAGAAAAUAAAAUGAGGAGCUUUCAAAUGAAAGGAGGACCUUUAAAUUUGAAGAAACUCGGUGCAAGUCGUUUUGAGAACUCUGACACCCCCCCAACCCCCGGAUGAGCUUUCUCUGGAAAGCAAAGCACAGUGUAAAUACUUCAGGAACUUUCCGGACAACUCAUACAUUCCAACUGUUUCCUAUAGAAAAUUUUGACACUACUACAACUUCUUCUUAAACAGGAGGCUUCAGGUUAAUUUAUAUUCUUUGUUGUUGUUGUUUUUUUUUUUUCUUAAGUAAAUGUAAUCUCCCAGUGGUGUGUGUGUGUGUGUGCGUGCGUGCGUGCGUGUGUGUGUGUGUGUGUGUGUGUGUGUGUGUGUAAAGAAACUCCUGUCGCGUGUUCAUAGGCUUUUAUUUAACAAGAUCCAGACUCAUUGGGUGUACGUACCACUGUGUCAUGUAAAAAACUGAUUUGCAUGUUUAUCACCGGCGUAGGAAUGAGCACCAAACGAAAAGGCAAGAGGGGGGAAAAUGUCAAGAGGAGCAGAAAAUGAAUGUGAACGUCUCUCUCAAGUGUCAAAAGGUUUGGCGGAGGGAUGUGUGAGGCUGACGCAUGUUGAUGUGGUAGGUGAAGCGGUGGCGAUGGAUGGACUGCGGCGUCAUGAUGUUGAAAGCAGGGUACACGCACGUGCUGAUCUUUAGACUGUGAACAACACAGGGCAAGGAGAAAAAAAUCAAUUUUAAGGUGACUCAGAUUAACCCCAAAUAAAUUUCUGAUGUUCUCGAAGGA